UAUUCUCGCUGUGUUUAAUUAAUUUUGUCUGGGAUCCAUUUCGUGCGUAUUUUGGCCGAGGUCAUAAAAAUACGAGAUUUGUAGACCAUUAGCAGAAAAAAAUGCGCAGCUUUUCUACAGCUUUGAUUUGUUUAAAUUGUCAGUCGGUGAUGCUCCUUUACCUAAUUUUGCAAGAGAUUGACUUUUGGCGUAGCCUAGAAACAUGAGGCUGGUCAGCAGGAAUUUUGAUAAAGGCUCACAGGGUUCGGUAACCCUGAUACCAGAAGAAUCCGAAGAUAUGUGGCACACCUACAAUCUGAUUGCGGAAGGCGAUCAAGUGCGGAGUACGACUAUACGGAAGGUGCAAAAUGAAUCGGUGACAGGCUCAUCGACGAGCAAUCGUGUGCGCACUACACUCACAAUAAGUGUUGAGUCCAUAGAUUUUGAUACACAAGCUUGCAUGCUACGCUUGAAGGGGCGCAAUAUUGAGGAGAACCAAUACGUGAAGAUGGGCGCCUAUCACACACUUGAUUUGGAGCUAAAUCGAAAAUUUGAGUUGCGCAAAGCCGAAUGGGACACAAUCGCACUGGAACGCAUCGAAAUGGCCUGCGACCCGGUGCAGUCCUCGGAUUUAGCAGCAGUUGUAAUGCAAGAGGGUCUGGCGUAUUUAUGUCUGAUUACGGCUAGCAUGACGCUGGUGCGAAGUAAAAUUGAAGUCUCAAUCCCGCGCAAGCGAAAAGGCUACACCCAACAGCACGAGAAGGGCUUGGUGAAAUUCUACGAAAGCGUCAUGCAGGGCAUUUUGAGGCAUGUCAAUUUUGAUAUAGUCAAAUGUGUGUUGAUAGCAUCGCCCGGUUUUGUGCGUGAUCAAUUCUUCGAAUAUAUGUUCCAGCAAGCGGUCAAAGCUGAUAUCAAAAUACUACUAGACAAUAAAAGUAAAUUCGUACUUGUGCGUUCAUCUUCGGGCUUCAAACAAGCGCUGAAAGAAGUGCUGCAAGAUCCCAGUGUAAUGGUGAAAAUAUCCGAUACAAAAGCGGUUAGAGAGGUGAAGGUGCUUGAACAGUUCUACACCAUGCUGCAUUCUGAGCCAGCGAGAGCUUUUUAUGGCAAAAAACACGUGAUGGAGGCGGCCAAAGCGAUGGCGAUAGAAACUUUGCUCAUAUCGGAUAACCUAUUCCGUUGUCAAGAUGUCAAUCAGCGUAAGGAAUACGUAAAUUUAGUUGAAUCUGUGCGUGAAGCCGGUGGUGAAGUGAAAAUAUUCUCAAGCAUGCAUAUCUCAGGAGAACAACUCGCCAAUUUGACCGGCAUAGCAGCUAUGUUACGCUUUCCCAUGCCUGAGCUGGACGACAGUGGGGAAGAUGAUGAUGAUGACGAUUCUGCCGCUUCGGAAUAAAAUUUGUGUAGUGUUUGAUGAGCGUUUACAUAUAUAAAUAUAUAUGUUGAAUAAAUUAGUAAAUAGGAAAUGGAUCUUUAAUCAAAACAUAUUUAAAUUAUUUUAAUUAGCAAUAAAGCCUACUAACCAACGCCUA